UCGACCACGUUCUCAGUUGAAAGUCACAGCUGCUGGAGAACGGACAAGAAAAUGGCAGACCACACGUGGAUGCACUUCAGCAACGGCAGCGUGCCGCCAAAUGCCGUGGUCGCUGGUCACGAUUCGGAUGGGCACACCAUCUACGUGGGCCGCGCCUUCUUCUCCAACGACUUGCUGCCGGCGAAGGUGAUUCCCAACAAGGGCAAGGCCUACGUGGCGUAUGCGUGCGAGGAGCACGAGCUGGAGAACUACGAGGUGCUCUCCGGCUACAACUACGAGUGGCUGUCGGCGGAGAAUGGGGAGGUGCCGCCGGGCGCCGUCAAGGUGGGCCGGAAUGUGGAUGGCGAGUAUCUGUAUGCGGGCAGGGGCUAUCAUGCCGGAAGCCUCACCGUGGGCAAAGUGCAUCCCUCCCACGGCUGCCUGUACAUCCCCUACGAUUCCGACGAGGUGAAGAUCUUUGCCUACGAGGUGCUGUGCCAGCCGGAGCGCUGGAUCGACACCACCGCCACAAAUAUCCCGAAUGGCGCUCUGGUUGCUGGGCACGAUUCCAACGGGGACACCAUCUACGUAGGCAGGGUGUUCCGCAAUGGAGAUCUGCUGCCCGCCAAAGUGGUGCCGGCCAAGGGCAAAGCCUAUGCCGCCUAUGCCCAGGCGGAGCACGAGCUCACAGAUGUCCAGGUGCUGACGGGAUCCGGAUUCCGCUGGGCUCCGGACUCGCACGGAAAUGUGCCACCCGGAGCACUGUCCUCCGGUCCGAAUGUCGACGGGGAGUCCCUGUACGUCGGCAGGGCCAACUACUGCGGCAGCUUGAGUGUGGGCAAGAUCCAUCCCUCGCACGGCUGCAUCUACAUCCCAUAUGGCGGCGAGGAGGUGCGCCUGGAGAACUACGAAGUGCUGGUGAGGCUCUAGACGGUCGGACAGCUUUGUCUUCAUUUAAUUCUUUUUUUUUUAAUAAAUAUUUUUUUACACAAGCAUACGAGUAUAUAACUCAAAUGUUAAAUUGAACAGCUUUGUUCUUUAAGCAACGUGACUGAUAAAAUUUAUGGCUAUGCACCCAGUAGUUCGAAAAGAAAAGUUCCCAAUCAUAGAGUUUUGCUGAAAAUAGCUCCCAGUCGUUGUCAUGGAAAUUUCGAGCUAGGUGGGGAAUGUCUUUUAUAUGUGGGUUAUCAUAUCGGCUAUCAAUUAACAACAAUCAGUUGAUUAGUCGGCCAUAAAUUUGCGUCAACUUAUAGCAUAAUUCACCAUUUGCCUUCGCCCACUGACUUUACAAACGCUACAUCGUAAAACUCAGCCAGAUAUCGCAGUUAUCAGAAAGUCUAUAUGCAGUCGAUUUAAUAUAACUCGACCUUUCGCCUGCCGAGGUAAAAAGUUAUAGUUACCUGUACUCUUUGUAACUUUUCUUGUAUAUUAAAAAGUUGAUUAAAACUUUUCAU